AUGCCUUCUUGUUUUUUGUGCAACACUAAAUUCAACUUAAAUUCUCAUUUGUUAAUACAUAUAAAUAUUUUUCAUGAUCCAAAAUCCAUAGGGGAAUUUAAAUGUAAUGAAUUAAACUGCUUUAGAAUUGUUAACUCUUUUCAUUCAUUUAAAAAUCAUUUAAAUCAACAUAUUAAUGUAGACACACAAUAUAUUAUAGACACACCUCUUUCCUGUAAUUUGCCUGUCAUAACAACAUCUUCUCAAGGAACCUCUGAUUUAAACGAUUUCCAUUCUAUCAUUGAAAAUUAUAAUUACCCUCCAAAACAUUGUCCAGAACCAAUUACAAUUACUGAAUUUAUUGAAACACUUCAAUCCAGUACAGUUUCUUUAGCAUCAAAAUGGUAUAGUAAUAAUUCAAUUCCCAGAAAAAUAAUUCAAACACUAUUUGAUGACAUUCAGUUUUUUAAUGAUUCAUUUUUAUGUAAUUUGAAAACAAAAAUGUUAGAAAUCAUAAAUUUAAACCAGAUUGAUUCUAAUCAAACAAAAGAUUUGUUUUGUAUGUUUGAUGAACUUUCCAAUACAUUUUCUAAUAUCAAGUCUGAACAUCUUCGUUUCAAAAUGUUUGAUAAAAUGGGAGUUUUAAUUCGUCCAAAAAUGGUUGAAAUUGGGUAUAGAUUAAAUGACAAGCUAAGAAAUGGACGUGUUAUAUUUGAACCAAAAACAGUUACCAUGUCUUUUAUUCCAUUGAGGUCUGUUCUUAAAGUUCUAUUCCAAGAUUGUAAUUUAUUUCAUGUGAUUCUUGAAUUUACGAACCACCUAGAUUCUAGUUCAAUGUGUAGCACUAUUAGUAAUUUUGUUCAAUCCCAACUGUGGCAAAGUAAAUUAAAAAAAAAUCCAGGAAAAAUAUUAAUACCACUAUUUUUGUACUUCGACGAUUUUGAAAUAAAUAAUGCAUUGGGAUCACAUGCAGGAACUACUAAACUAGGGGCUGUUUAUGUAUCCUUGCCAUGUUUGCCUCCUGAUUUGGCAUCUUCAUUGGAAAAUAUAUUCUUGGUACAAUUAUUUAAAUCCAAUGAUAGACAAGAAUUUGGAAAUCAAGUUAUUUUUGCAGAACUUAUAUCUGAAUUAAAUUUUAUAGAGAAUGUAGGGAUUGAUAUAUUAUAUAAUGGUGAAAUGUAUAGAGUAUUCUUUUCUUUAGGCUUAAUUUUGGGUGACAACUUAGGUUUGCACUCCAUACUAGGGUUCACCGAAAGUUUUGUUGCACAAUUUCCCUGUCGUUUUUGUAAAUCACCAAAACUAGAUUGUCAUCAUCAAGUUACUCAAGUCGAUGGGGUGUUAAGAAAUAAAACCAAUUAUGAUGAGGACAUUUCAAUUAAUAAUAUUACUCUUACUGGUCUAAAAGAGCAAUGUGUUUUUAAUCAAAUAAAUUCAUUUCAUGUGACUCAGAAUUUUGCAGUUGAUAUUAUGCAUGAUAUUUUAGAAGGUGUGUGUAAAUAUGAUAUAGGUAUGAUCCUUAAAAAAAUGAUUUAUGAUUUUAAUUAUUUCACAAUUGAUACUUUAAACAAUAGAAUUGAAUCUUUUAAUUACGGAUCAAUUGACAUUCGUAACAGACCACCUCUUUUAUCAACUGCUCUAUUAAAAAAUGGCUCAAUAAAAAUGUCUGCAAGUGAGAUGCUUUGUUUUACAAAGUAUUUUGCUUUAAUUAUAGGAGAUUUAGUACCAUUGAAUUCAGAAAUAUGGUGUCUAUACAUUAGUCUUAGACAAAUAAUUAGUAUUCUUCUGGAAAAAAGUAUAAAAUAUGAUGAUAUAGACCUUUGUAAAACCCUUAUAACAGAACACCAUGAGUUGUAUAUGAAUUUAUUCAACACAAACCUGAAACCAAAAUUUCAUCAUAUGGUGCAUUAUCCAAUGGUUAUAAAAAAGUGUGGCCCAUUAUCAUUAAUUUGGUCUAUGAGGUUUGAGUCCAAACAUAAGGAACUUAAAGAAACAGCUAAAUCGAUAACAUCAAGGAAGAAUGCAUGUUAUACAUUAGCUUUGAAACAUCAGCUUAAUGUAGCUUAUAGAAUUUUAUCAACUAAAAAUAAAUUAAUUGUAAACAGUACUAAAUUAGGACGCCAUAUUUCAAUAAAUGAAUCAAAAUUAACUCAAUAUAAUAAUUCUGAAUUCUUAAAUAAUAGUUUUAACUUUUUAACUGAUAAUAUUUCAUUUGUUUCAUGGAUUAAUUUUAAAGGUACAUUGUAUAAUUAUAAUAAUAUGUCAGUCCUUUUACAAUUAAGUGAAGAUCCAUAUAUUCUACCAAUUUUUGGUUUAAUACUAUCAUUGUUUAUUACUCAAGAUGAUAACAAACCAUUCAUAGUAUGCAAUGUGUUUGUUUGUAAUUAUUUUAACGAACAUCUUCAAUCAUAUAAUGUAACCUUAUCAAGUAAAUUAGUGUGUUGCUGUAUUGAAAAUUUAAAUAGUGUACACCCAACUGUAUGUGUCAAAUCUAAUGGUUUAUGUUAUAUACCUAAGUAAUAGGUAUAUGUUUUUUUUUUAAUACAUAAGUUUUCAAUGUUAUAAAAUAUAAACUUUAUUUAGCUAUAUAUUGCAUAACAUAUGAUAAUUAUUAUAUUCAUAUUUUCCAUUUACUAUUAAAUAUACAUAAGUUUCAUUUGAUUAGGUAGGUACCUACUGUUUUUUUUUUAUAUAAAAUUGAAAUUAUUCUUUAAAUAACAA